AUGAAACAAACCUUGGAGCUCAUUUCCCACUAAAUGUACGUCUUGCACGUCUAUAUCACUCACCUGCAAAAGAAUAUGUUGAGAAAUUAACAGAAUGGAUGUCAAAUUUACCAUCUGGAGCAUGGUCAAGUUGGAUUGUAUGUUAUAAAUACGAAUAUUUAUAAAAUACCGUGUUGUAAAAUAUACAUUUCUUUGGAAUUUUGAUCAAUUAAAUAACAAAUGGGCAAGGGGGUCACUGUAAUGGAUGUGUUAAAUUGAAAUGCCUUGAUAUUAUAUCAUUAUGUACUAAAAGAAUAUGUUUUUAAAAUAUAUUUGUGGUUUAGAUUGGAAAUCAUGAUGCUCGCCAUCGUGCAACCUCGAGAUUUGGAUUAGAAUUAAUAGAUGGUAUUCAUAUGCUACAAUUACUUUUACCAGGAACGCCCGUUGCUUAUAUGGGUGAUGAAUUGGGAAUGACAGAUACAUAUUUGAGAUAUGAUCAGCUCAUUGAUUAUAUGUCUAAAUCAAUUGGUAUAUCUCGUGAAACAGUUCGUACACCAUUUCAAUGGGAUUGCUCACCUCAAGCUGGAUUUUCUAAUAAAACAAAAACAUGGUUACCGGUGAACCCUAAUUAUGUAACGUUGAACGUUGAGUUUGAACAGAACGCUAGACGUAGUCACUUGAAGAUAUUCAAAGAAAUUGUAAAUCUGAGGCAGUUGGAAAUAUUCCGAACGGGAGACGUACAAUUUUACGAAUUAUCAGAAUAUGUAUUUGCUUUUUCGAGAAGUAACAAAUUUUUAAAAACAUACUUUAUUGUCAUUAACCUUGGAUCCGAAUUAGAAAAUAUUAACCUCAGAAAAUUCAAGAAGAGACUAUCUUCUAAGGUGACUGUGAAAAUUUCUAGUUUGUUUGCCGAACAAAAUAAUGGAGAUGUUGUUAGUGCUAAAUCUUUUACUUUAAGACCUUCUGCGGCCCUUGUUUUGGAGUCAUCGUUUUAUUAAUUUAUGAUUUUAAGAUCAUAAAUAAUGUUUAUACAUUGAACGAUUUUCAAAAAAAUUUUUAACAGUAAAAAAAAUUUUAAAUAAAAAAU